AUGGCUUCGGUAUCAUUGAACGACAUUGUCGCAGCCCUGAACGCAACCUUCGCGCAUGCCGAUGCACCACAAGCCCUCCCCGACGAACUGGCACGCAUCCUCACGCAAUACGCCGCCAAAGCGAGAAAGGAAGGAGAUGGUCUACACGACGAAUUGCAAGCCGUUUUCCGCCAUCAUGUCCAAGCCCAUGCGAACAGGCUGCCGGCCUUCGUCUCUGUCCUCAAAGCCCUACGUCCUGCCAUAGUCAACAAGGACCACCUUGCUAUCUGGUUCCAGAGUGCCGCCAUACCCUUUGUCGAUCUCCCCGCUCCCAGCCGCUCCGCCAUGUCGGAUGCCCAAGACUUCGUCCUCGAUUCUCUCUGCUACGACAACGACUCUCAAGAUGCUCGCGACAAAGCUCGUGCUGCUCACCAUCUCAGCCAUAUACUGCUCGAUGCUCUGAUCGCCCGUACAACCGCUCUUCCGGACAAUUCACCUGUUCAGACCCAGGACCUCGCCGCCCGCCAGCUUCAAUCUAUGCUGAUAGCUUUUGCUCGCAAGAAUCCACGCGACUUUUUCGUCUCGGUCGACAACUUCCUCUUGAAGCCCGAAACUCGUCUGCAAGCUCUUGAUUUGCUCGCUGCCUUCCUUGAACAACAACAUGCCCAUCUGUACUUGGUCCUUAACACAACUGUAGUCGAGCAUCUUCUCAAAUGUCUCAUGAACGAUACCGCUACCGUCGUCGUCUCCGCCGCCCUGAAAUGUCUCAUCAUGCUACUCCCACACAUGCCCGCCACCGUGGCUUCUCAGCUUCCCAGGUUGUUCUUGGUCUACAGUCGCUGCCUCUGCUGGGAAAAGUUUAGUGCUUCAAGCACCAAAGCCCAGCGCGAUCUUGUUACCGACGAUCGCGUUCGCCGUGAUUCUGACUCUGAUGCUGAUACCGACCAUGAGGACGGAUCCGAUCCCACCUGGCAAACUCUGCGUGCUUUGCCCGAUAUGCCCGAAUCUUCGGCUCCUGAGCUUUUGCAUUACUUUACUUAUCUGUAUGGCCUGUAUCCCCUCAAUUUCAUGAGCUAUGUCAGGAAGCCUCGGAAAUAUCUCAAANACAUCCAUUUUCCUGGUGCCGAUGAAUUCGAUCUUGAUCAAACCGUCAUCAGGAGCCGUACUGAACAGUUCCAGCGCGUUCACUUCCUACAUCCAAGCUUUUUCGCGACUACAGUCGAAGAAGAGCUGAGUGAGAACCGCUGGCUCAAGGCAGAGCCUUCCGAAGUCAUCGCAGAGUGCCAUGGUCUUUAUGCUGGCGAGCACCCCAUAUUCAAGAGUCCCGCUCCUCCUNCCGUCUACAAAGUUACCAGCUGUUCCAAGUUUCUUAGCGUCGAGCUCGAAACCAUCACACCCAGACAGCCCCACCUUGCCUCAUCAUCCNUGAGGAGANGCCCAGUAGAAUCUGCAGUCGAUCCAACGUCCUCCAAAGAUCUCUCGUAUUUGCAAAGGGAGCUGAUGUUACUACGAAACGAACUCACGUUCGAGCGUUACCUCAAGCAACAGCACGUGGCCGCUAUUGGCCAGCUCAAGCGCAAUCACAUAAAAGCUGUGACGGUCGAAGCGGAGACGGCCACACUGAUCAACGCAAAUCGCGCUCUGCAGAAAAAGCUGAGCGAUUCAAACAAGUUCAAUGAGAAGAUGCAAAAGGAGACACAGGCUCGUAGGAACCAUACAAAGCAAAGUGAAGAGCAACUCAUGGCCAAGAUUCGUGCUCUGAAGUCGGAGCUUGCGGACCAAGAGACUCUGCAACUCCGUCUCACCCAGGUCUCCAAAGACUGCGAACAACUUCGUCUACUUCUUGUCGAGAGCGAAUCGCGCGAAUCAAACAAGCAAGAGGAACUUGAAGCUCUUGAGGCGCGCCUGAGGGACCAAGAAGCGGUGGACCAGCAAAAGUCUGAUCUGCAAAAGGAGCUUCGUGACUAUCGUGACCAAAAUCUUGCGCUUGAACCAAUUCGUGCAGAACACGAGCUAGCUAAACAGGAGCUAGACAGCACAAAGUUCAUAUUGCUGCGUCGCGAGCAAGAGCUUGAACGACUAAAAACUGCUCACGAGGCCAAGAUGCAAGAGUACGACUUACGUCUCAAAGAAGUCACGGAGACUUCAUCAGCUGCAGAGCAGUCAAUUCAUGCUAUUCCUGUGCAUCUACACGAUCAACUCUCGGAAAGUCGCUUGCGACUCGCUCAAAUCAAAGCAGCUUACAGUCAACUACUGGAAGAGUACACAGACUUACGCGAGUCGAAAGGUAGUGCAGAUGCAGCUUACCCUUUGCCUAGCNCCCCUGGCAAAUCCGGAUAUAUGAACCAGGAAGGCAGUGUCAGAAGCUAUAAUCCAGCGUACUUUACCGACCGUGGUGUGGAUCAGUUCGGAUUAUUUGCUCCACACAUGGAUUUCGGGCGGACUGCCUCACCAGUCUCUUCACUAAAUCAGAGCUAUCCACCCCAACGUCCAUUGCGCCCUGAGGCAUACUCACAGAGAAUUCACAACUCCCACCCGAUGUCUCGAGCGCAAGGCAUUCAUUACAGCGAGCACGCACUCCAUCCUGGUGCUGCUCGCUCGACCUNNGGGUCUGAUCAGAGCUCACCACCUCCCUCAUCCUUGGGCCAGGAAGGUAACAGAAGCGUCUUCAGUUUCAACUCGGAAGUGUCGGAAGAACCUGGGAAAGAAGGUGGCAAGCCCAAACCAGAGGUUCGCAUGUAUGGACGAGGUGGCGCACAAAACAACAAAAAGAAGGACAAGGCCGAUAAGUCCGAAAAGCCGGCGAAGAGUCAUGGCAUUCGAGGCUUACGGGGGCUGAUGUGA